GCACCUAGUUGAUCGACAAGAAUUUUUUUUUUGCGAUCACAUUUUUUCACACCUGAGGCUUCUUACCUUAGUGUGAUUUGCCUUGUGUUUCUUUUUAUAUAUUUUGUGCUCAAGGUUUUUUUUCUUGUUGCUUGAGACAUCCCAAGUUCUUACCAUUCCAUCAUUUUUUUUUUUUAAUAAAUUAAAAAAACACCUACUUCACUCAACCAACCUCAAUAUCACAGCCAUGCCGGACGAAGCUGAUGUGGCUAUUGCCACUUUCGAGGAGCUUAUGGACCUCGAGAGAGAUUUCGAAGAUGUUGAGACAGAAAUAAUCCGUCAACAAGUCGCUCUCAGUGCGCCGUUGUAUGAGAAGCGAGCAAAGCUGGUCCCCAAGAUCCCCAACUUCUGGGCAUUGGUCUUCGAGCAGGCCCCGCCUGAUCUAGACCAAUACAUCCAGCCUGGUGACUCUGCUGUACUCCUAUCCUCAUUGACUGACUUCUCGGUUUCUCACUUCGAGAUUGAGAAUGGCGGCAAGGGAGACCCUCGCAGCGUGGCCCUCAAGAUGGAGUUCUCUGACAAUGAGUGGUUCGAGAACAAGGUCCUGGAGAAGAAGUUCUGGUACCGCCUUUCCAAGGAUGGCGAGGCCGGCCUAGUUAGUGAGCCGGUCGCUAUCAAGUGGAAGUCGGCAGAGAAGGAUCUCACCCAAGGAAUGCUCGACCUCGUCAUCAAGGUCUGGGAGCAAGACAAGAAGCAGGCCAACACCGACAGCACCAAGAUAAAGAAGGAGAAGGACUACACACCCGACGAGAAGGCGCUAAAGGAGAAGAUCGAUGCUACUGGCCUUGGUGGUGUCUCAUUUUUCGGUCUGUUCGGAUACCGAGGACUGAACGUCUCUGCCGAAGAGAACCGUCUCGCACUCGAAGAGGAGAAGAAGCGCGCCGAACGAGCUGCAGGCAAUGCGCCCGACUUGAACGACGAAGAUGACGAGGAUGAGGACGAAGAAGACGUGGAUGAGGACCCGUUAGCUCUCGAGAUCUUCCCCGACGGUGAAGAAGUCGCAUUGGCUCUUACCGAUGAUCUCUGGCCCAAUGCGAUUAAGUAUUUCAGUCAAGCCCAAGAGGUCGACGUUAGCGAUAUGGACUUCGAGGACGAAGACGAGGAUGAGGAGAUGGGCGACGAUGAUCAGCCUGCAACCAAUGGUGCCCAGCCCCCGUCCAAAAAGCGGAAAGCUUAAACGUGUUGAGGAUGAGUGAAGGUCUAAUAUCAAUGUGUCUUAUAGGAAACUGAAAAGCAGCAAGGAUUUUAGGAGGGAUACCAAGUUGAACGUUCUAUGUUCUAUGACGCUCAAGAAAAUUGCAGUUAUGUGCUUGAUGAGAAAAAGGGGAAAAGGGGGAAAUGGGGGAUUUCGAUACCAGACACCAAAAAGUCCUGUCUUUACUUUUACUGCCGAAUAGAUUUCAAGUCAUAAUAAGACGUUGAGAAAGAGCAAAGUCUACG